AUGGGUUUUGUGAGAAACCUUUCAAGUGCUGGGACAUCAAUAUCUACCUUUGUUAGGACUGUGUCACAGGCAUCACAAUCUAAUCCUGAGGAGGAAGAAGAUUUGUCAAGUAACCUUCCUGCAACUCAUCCUCAUGUAGCAAGCCAGCCUCCGAAGACCCGUCCUCAUAGAGGCCCACCAAGGGUAAUGGAAAGUUGUACAGGAAUGGUGGGAAACAUAUCUGAUUGGAAGGGGAGAGAGGGACGAGAGAAGUUGGCCAAGGAAUGGCGCGUAAACCCUGACCAGAAGGGAGAGGGGCGAGAUAAAUUA